AUGACAACUCUUAACAAGCGAUCGAAGGACAACAGCAGCGCCGAGGCUGUGCAGAACAGCACAGAAGAUAAAUAUAUGAACGAGACCUCAGGGUUCACCCAACCUAAUUCGAUACCCAUCACAUUUCCAGAUCCUAGCUCAGCUCUCAUUCCUAUAAUUCCCGGGGUCCCGGAUGAAAAACAAAUCCCUUCAUCAUCACAUUCAAUCAAAACAAUCGGACCCUUAUGUCUCGUGACCUUUGCCAUUUUUAUUCCUCUAUCCUUGGCAGUAAUUUGGCUAGUACGACGGAAACUGAAAAGAGACAAAACAGACAUCUUAUCACGAAUCACAAGUUCUUCUCAACCAUCACUCUCCAUCGAUACACGUGAAAGUUGGGAAACAGUAGUAGUCGAUCUUCCUUCUCUGUUGGAUCCACCAGAACCAGCAGUGGCAGGUUUAGGUAGACUUUGGGCACGUGUGACAAAUAGAAGAGAGCCUGUAAUAUCAUCCACUAGUUCUGGUUGGACUGGAAUUGAAGAUUCUUCAUUAGGACCAUUGGAAUGGUAUGCUAAACAUUCACCACCUAAUCAAACGGCUGUUUAUCCUAGGUUGAUUAGUGAAUGCGAAAAAGAUUUUUUGCAAUCUGAGGAAAGAUCACGUACUUGGAGUUUAGCUUAA